UGUAUCCUCUCUUCUGUAGAUAGCCGACAAAUCCACCCUUCUUUUCUUCCUCUCUGUCAAUCAACUACUCUCAUGCAUGCACAAAUUUCAUUUCAUUUAUUAUAUAUACUCAAAGAGACGCUGCCAAAUUGCCAACAGCCCCCCAUCUACACCAUCCAUUUCUCUCUCUCUCUCUCAUCCUCAACUACUCCCCACACCCAAAGAGAAGAAGAAGAAGAAUAAGAAGAAGAAUAAGUUCUUCUGUCUUUCAAAUUUGUUGUUUUUUUCUCAUGGGGAACGCAGCAGCUUCUUGUGCUCCUUCAUUGGUCAUCUCAAGCAGUGGAGUUGUAAAGGUUUUGUUUUUGGAUGGAAGAUUGGAAGUGUACACAAGGGCAGUGAAAGCAGCAGAGCUGAUGUUAGAGAAUCCAGGGCAGUUUGUGUGUGAAUCUAGCAGCCUCAAAGUGGGCAACAGGGUUCAUGGCCUUACAGCUGAUGAAGAGCUCGAAAGGCGCCAGUUCUAUUUUCUUCUUCCCAUGGAUCUGCUUUACUCUGUGCUCACACAUGAAGAGCUCAGCUCUCUGACUUACAAGGCUUCAGAGGCACUCAAGCACAGAAGUUUCAACAGUUUCAGUAAGAUUUUUCCCGUCCUCGGAGAGUUUUGCAUGUUUCCUUCAGAAGCCAAGAGAUUGGAUAAAAAUAUUGGUGAUGUUAUUAGUCCUUCAAGCCAUUCAGAGCCAAUGUUAGUAUUAGUGGAGAGGUACUCAAAGCAAAGAUCAUGGAAGCCUGCAUUGGAGACCAUUGCUGAAACUCCAUCUACACAUUAAUUAAUUCUACUAUUUUCAUUUUUAAUGAAAUUUUGGUGUUAUUUAAUUUGUCUUUGAUUAAAUUUAGAAGUCAUUAAUUAAGUAUUCAUGACCUGGCCUUAAAUUGGAUCAACAAAUCAACUCAACUGAGUCAACAUGUACAAAGAUUAUUAGCUGUUUCUUCUAUGAAAAAAGAUGCUAAUAGUUGACUUCUUUUUCUUCCUC